UUCUUAACACCUUAAAAGUACUCUGAGUGGAAAAAAUAUUCUUAAAUUUACUUUUAAACAUUUUCUGAGACAACUUUUAGUUAAGUCUUAAAUUUGACUUUGAGAAAAUUCUCAGAUGGAAUUCCCUUCGUAGUUAGGGGAAAGCCCGUCUAUAUUUAGCGCCACGUGUCAAAACAAGCAGACGUGCAUCUGUCAGUGUCAUCGUAAUGGAGUCCAGCAAACCCAAACGGAAACCUAACUGGACCGAAGACGAAACGUUAAGCUUAGUUCGUUUGGUGGACGAAAGGAAAGACAUAAUAAGAGGUAAAUUUGGAGCAGGCGUGACAAGCAAGAAGAAGAAGGAAGCAUGGUUGGCAGUCACCGAAGAAAUAAACGCCGCAUUCCCUUCCGUGCUACGAACAUCGGAAGACUGUGAGAAACGGUGGUAUAACGUCCAGUGUAGAUCACGAAAAGAAAUUUCUACGCAAAAGACACACAUGCAAGGCACAGGAGGCGGUCCCGUGAUGAACCUGAGUGGUAUUGCUGAAGCAGUUUACGAUGUUUUGGGGCAUUCCAAUGUUUCCAUAAGUGGGGUUGACGGUGGCCUUGAUUCGUCAUUGAUUCAGGUCAUUGAUUUAGGCACAAGUGUGGUGCCUCAGAGUUCAACCGUCACACCCUCCACCUCUUCCACCAUGAACCACCCACCAGCAACCGUCAUCUUGGAAUCAGUUCCCUGUGGGAUAGACGAUGAUGCAGACGAUAGGAUAACGAAAAGAAGAUAUAGACAAUUGAAAAUAGAUGUUCUAGAGUUGCAGAAACAAUAUUUAAUGUUGAAAAUUAAAAAAAUUAAAAAAAGUGAAGAAUAGAAACAUAUUAUAAAUUAUCACGAAAACAAUGAUUCUCUUUAAAUGUAUGGACGGGUACAGUUUUGCCAGGCGUUAGAAAAAUCUGCAUAUAAGCUAAACAAUUCAAUGUUUCAUUUUACUGUAUGGCGGCCACCUGUCUAUGACAGCCAUGUUGAGGUUCCCCAACGUAUUUUACUAUGUGUUUUAACUUUGUAUGUCAACCACCUGCUCAACGCGGCUACCGGUCACAAUUUUCGAACUAAAAGGCGAAAAUGAACCUGUUGUCGCGGCCAUAAAAAUGCAUUGUAAAGAAAUGGAUGCAGCAGUUACCGUGAUAAAUGUUGAAUUGAAAGCCGGUUCUCAGCCGGAAUAUCAGCGAUCAUGUUCACUUUAAAAAAACCCACCCACGAACAUAACAACAUGAGCGGUGCUAUAGGAUUACAAUAUGUAGCAACCGUUAUGUAUUUAUUUGAUUGGCUGUUUAUUAAGCAUUAGUGAUCUGUUGUGUCAGGUCACGUCAUGUCAAAGGUCAUAACUGUAAACACAAUAGGAUGAAUACAUUGCAGUAUCAUUUAGUCUCAUGCCGGCCACUUUUGUGGUUGCUUCUUUAAUAUAGAAAUUAACAUGUUAGAUGUUUGGUGUUGUUCGGUGUUCCAUGAAUUGUUCCAGGUUAGCUUUGAUAAGAAAAAAAAUCCUUUAAUCUUGUGACAAGUGCUGAAGACGGGUAACUGGCGGCAAUUAGUAGACCAGUGUAGUUAGUGGCGCAUGCUCGUAUUCGACAAUUAACAGGUGUUUUCACCUUGAGAUGUAAUCGGAGGUAAUCAUUAAAAGCAGUUGUUGAGUCUUGUUACCGAAAACAACGUGUCAGCUCUUGAGGUUAUUAUUAUUAAAUACUGUUGCUGUUUAUUUCUGACAUUUGUUUCUAAAAAUGGCACCUAAAAUUCGUAAGCCGAUCGCGUUAACGCUAGUACAGAGGGUAAGCGUAAAUUUGGAUGUACAGUGUAUUUGUUUAGUUUUUAUUAAAGAUUUCUAGCAUAACAAUAAAAUUGUAAAUUUUUGUUGACAUUUAUUCGGACCUGGAUAUGACGUCCAAUUUUGGCCGGCCCCACAAGUGGCCGUCAUAUUAAAAAACAUAUAUAUAUAUCAUAUUAUUUUACUCUGAUUAAGUACCAUGGAAGUGAAUGUUGGUGAACUGAAGACGAUGUCGCAGGCCAUGUCCUUGUGGAUUGGGUGCUCCUGCGGCUUCCGUUUCUUCGUCUCCCUCCUCUUCAUCAUCGUCAGGGUAAUCACCAGCUUCAUCUGGUGGCAUCUGGAUGUUACGGGCUUUACAAAUGUUAUGUAGAACCGAGCAUGCGAGAAUUACUUUGCAAGUCUUGGCAGGUGUUAAGCGGAUUUCUCCAUGGAGAACAUGGAAUCGCCUCUUCAUCUGGCCAAUUCCUCGUUCCACCACACUUCUGGUUCUUUUGUGUGCCCUACAAAUGCAUGACAUUGAUACAUUUAAUUACUCGUUCAGUAUAAUUUAUUGAGCAUCUUUUUAAAAGUAAAAUAUAUAAGCAAAGGUUGAUUUUGUAUGCAAUGAUUUCUGCCAAGUGAAUAAAAUGUGUCAGAUGCAUUU